UUGGCAAUUUGAAGUCCAUCAAAUUGGAAGACUCCUUCGACCUCAUUGCAACCCCUAACUUCAAUGGAGUCCUAAAUCUUGAGAAAUUAGAUGUUAAAGGUUGUAAAAAUUUAAGUGAAGUUCACCCAUCUAUUGUAGUUCAUAAAAAGCUUACUCAUCUUAAUCUAAAAGGUUGCAGAAAUCUUAAUAGUCUUCCAAGUAAGUUUGAAAUGGAGUCUCUUGAGAUUCUUAUUCUUUUUGGCUGUUCAAAAAUUAAGAGAAUUCCAGAGUUUAUUGGAAAUAUGAAACGCUUAUCAAAACUUCACUUAGAUGGAAUUGCUAUUACAAAACUUCCAUCUUCAGUUGAACAUUUAUCUAACCUUGCUUCAUUGCAUUUGAGAGAUUGCAAAAAUCUUGCGUGUCUUCCUAGCAACAUUUCCCGGUAAUUCCAUUUUCCAUUUCCACUACCAAGCUUCUUCCUUUUUCCAGCACACAAGCAAUGGGAGCUCAAAAAAUCAAAACCCUUCCUCCAAAUCCACACUCCUUCGAAACCCUAUUCUCCUCAAUCCAUUCCCCACAGGUAAAAUUUAAACACAGUCUUUUUCAGAUCAUUUCUUCAACAUCGUUUCUCACAUUUCUAAAUUAUUUUAAGGAUUUCACCAAAUCGAUCUAUUUUCUCUUCUUCAACUCGUCCCUAAACGCACGACUUCACCGUUCCGAUUUCGAAGCCGUGUACGGACUCUCUCAAACAUUUUUGUUCGAAGAUCUCGAUCGGCGAUUCAGGCAGCUUUUCGUCUUCGAUCGAAAUCAGGAAGCAAAGUGGGUCUCACCUUUGGUCCAUGGGAGUAGAGAACUCGGAAUAAAAAAAAACAUUAGACGCCGUUGCAUUCCAGGGGAGGGUUUCAUAUAUUUUGGAAUUGACAGAGUCCGAGACAUAGAACGGUGCUCAUUUAUUUUAAGUAGCAAUUGCAUGAUAAGAGCUUCAAGGACUGCAAUUUUCCAAAAUCUAUUUACUUGUAUACUUAGAUUGACUUCCAUGGAUACAAGUAACCCAUCUUCUUCAAGCCAUCAAUGGAAAUACCACGUCUUUCUAAGUUUCAGAGGUGAGGACACUCGCAAGAGUUUUACAGACCAUCUACACACUGCUUUGAAACAGGAGGGCGUCAUCACCUUUAGGGAUAAGGAAAAUGUUAAGAGAGGAAAACCUAUUUCACUUGAGCUUUUAAAAGCAAUAGAAGAAUCAUUGUUUGCUAUUGUCAUUCUCUCAAGAAACUAUGCAUCCUCAACAUGGUCUUUUGAUGAACUUGUAAAGAUCAUGGAAUGCAGAAAAAAGAUAGGGCUAAUAGUUUUGCCCAUUUUUUAUGAUGUAGAUCCAUCUGAGGUACGCAAACUGAUGGGAAGUUAUGCAGAAGCCUUCAUUGAACAUGAAAAAAAUUUCAAAAAGAAUAUAGAUAAAGUUCACACCUGGAAAGCUACUUAGACAGAAGUGGCCAAUCUCGCUUGAUUUUCUUUACAGGAUAGAAUGUCUUUCAACCUUGUUAUUCCUCCAUAUGGGCAGACCACCUCCAUCUUAGGUUCCUGUUGAACCAAAGGUAUUAGCUAUCAAACCUUAAUAUUAUUGUUUGUAUGUAUGGCUCUAACUGUAACUCAUUACUCUAUUUGUUGUGAUAUGGGAUAACUACUCAUGUAGGAAUUAUUUUACUUAGUUCUCUACUUCUCAGUAAGAAUUUUCUAGGAUUUGAGGGUUAUUCAUAAGAGUGUCUUAUGGGUGGUUCACUCAUAUUACUUGAUUUCUCUUCUUUGCAGGCAUGAGUUAGAAUUUAUCCAAGAUAUUGUGAAAAUGAUAUUAAACAAAUUAAGUUACGCAUUCCUGAAAGGUACCAAAGAUUUAGUAGGAAUAUAUUCUCGAGUGGAGGACCUAUUGCCUCUUUUAGCUAGAGGAUCAAAUGAUGUUUGCAUUAUCGGGGUUUGGGGGAUGGGGAAAUUGGAAAGACAACUCUUGCUAGAGUUGAUUAUCAAAUGUUUGCUAAGGAAUUUGAAGAUUGUAGUUUUAUCACUAACAUUAACAUUAGUGAAGAAUCUAAAAAAUCUAGUAUACCUCACCCACAAGAUGUUAAUGAUAAAGUUCUUAGGAUCAAGAAUAGGUUAUAUAACAAAAGGAUUCUUCUUGUUCUUGAUGAUGUACAUCAAUUCGAUCAAUUAGAAAAGUUGGCUAGGGAGCCUAAUUGGUUUGGUCCAGGUAGUAGAGUUAUCAUCACAACGAGAGAUAAGCAUUUGUUGACAAGGCUAAAGGUAUAUGGAAUAUAUGGGGCUAAAGGAUUGAGUAACGAUGAUGCUCUUCAGCUUUUUAGUUUGAAUGCUUUUAACAAUAAUCAUCCGGCCAAAGAUUAUCUAGAGUUGUCUAUACAAUUUGUAAAUUAUGCUAAAGGCCUUCCUCUAGCUAUUGAGGUUUUGGGCUCUUUUUUGAUUAAUAGAAGUACAAAGGAAUUGGUUAGUGCAUUAGUUAUGCUCAAGCAAUUUCCUGAAAAAGAAAUUAACAAAACACUUCAAAUUGGUUUUGAUGGACUUGAGGAUACGGAGAAGGAAGUAUUUAUACAUAUUGCAUGUUUCUUUAACAUGAAGAAUAAAGACUAUGUAGUGAAAAUACUUGAGUGUCUUGGCCUUCACCCUGACAUUGGAUUAAGGAUUCUCAUUGAAAAGUCUCUCCUAAAAGAAUAUGAAAAUAAACUUUGGAUGCAUGAAUUACUACAAAUAAUGGGUCAAGCCAUAGUUCGUCGAGAUUUUCCUCAAGAACCUAGAUAGUGGAGCAAAUUGUGGUUAUAUGAAGACGUUCACAAUGUUUUCAUGAAAAAUAUGGUAAGAGAUCAUUUAUAGAACUCGAGCAUACACCUUAUCUUGUUAUUCAACAAAGUUAAAAUUUGAAUAACUCUAGUAUUCAUAUAUCUAGCACUCACCCAUCCUUUUUCCUUGAUUAUUAGGGAGAAAAAUCUAUUAAAGGCCUAGUCCUAGAUCUUCGUAUGGUGACUGAAUUGGGUGAACUGCGUAAAUCUUAAAAAGCAUAUUGGAACCCUGAUGCCUUUUCAAAGAUGCCCAACCUUGAAUUGCUUAUAAUUUAUGGUGUUCACCUUCUGCAUGGCCCUAAUGAACUUCCUAAUGGCUUAAGAUUUCUUGAUUGGAUUGAGUAUCCUUCAAAAUCUUUGCCAUUAAGUUUUCAACUGGAUAAGCUUGUUGAACUUCACAUGUGUCAUAGCAAAGUUGAACGACUUUGGAAAGGAAAAAAGUUAAGAUUGUUAUUUAAUACCCGUGUACUUUGUUUUUUACUUUUAAUAAAUUGUAAGGUUUGUGGAGCCUAAUUAUUCUACCUUUUGUUUUUGGGAUUUUAACUGUACUUGGACAAAUUAAAGUUCAUCGAGUUGAACAAUUCCUUAAUAAGCCUCAUUACAACCCCUGACUUGACCGGAGUUCCCAAUCUUGAGAAAUUAGUUGUUAAAGGUUGUAUAAGAUUAAUUGAGGUUCACCCAUUUGUUGUGGUUCAUAAAAGGCUUACUCUUCUUGAUCUAGAAGGUUGCAAAAACCUUAGAAGUCUUCCAAGAAAGUUUGAAAUGGAAUCUCUAGAGAUUCUUAAUCUUUCCAAUUGUUCCAAAAUUAAGAGAACUCCAAAAUUUAUGGGAAACAUGGAAUGCUUGUUAAAACUUCACUUAGAUGGCACCGCUAUUACAAAACUUCCCUCUUUAGUCGAGCAUUUGACUAACCUUGCUGCAUUGCAUUUAAGGGAUUGCAAAUAUCUUGUGUGUCUUCCUAGCAACAUUUGUAACUUCAAGUUGCUUAAAUAAAGAACUCAAUGUGGCUGGAUGCUCAAAACUUGACAAUUUGCCGGAGAACUUGUGGAAUGUUGUAAGUCUAGAAGAGCUUGAUUUGAGUGGGAUUGCUUUAAGAAAGCCACCUAUCUCGAUUUUUCGUUUAAGAAAUCUCAAAGUACUGUCUCUUAUGGGUUGUAAAUUGCCACUGCCUAGAAGAAACCCAAAUCCUGUGAGCUUGUUUUGCCUUACCUGCCAAAUUUGUGCUCUUUAAUGAGAUGGAAUCUAAGUAAUUGUGAUCUUCAGACAAUCCCUAAUGAUAUUGGUUGCUUAUCCUCUUUAGAAGAUUUAAAUCUAAGUGAAAAUAGUUUUGAUUGCCUUUCUAAAAGCAUCAUUCAACUAUCUAAAUUGAGGAUUAUUCUUUUGAAGAAUUACACAAGACUAUAUUCAUUGCCACAGCUUCCAUCGAGCACCAGGAGUGUUUUUGCAGAAGGUUGUACCUUAUUGGAAAUAUUACCAAAAACAUUAAUACUAGACGAAUCAAACUCAUUAUUUCUUUAUCUCUUCGAUUGUUUUGAAUUGGCUGACAAUCAAGGAAGGAUGUUCUUUCGAAUGCUAUAUAAAGCUUCUUAGGUCUCUCUCUCUCUCUCUCUAUAUAUAUAUGUGUGUGUGUGUGUGUGUGUGUGUGUGUGUGUAGGUAUUUAUUAUGUAUGUAUGUAUAAUUAAAUUCUAAAUGUCAUGGUUUGUAUGUUGCAAGGAAUCUACAAGGAACCUAAAAAGGCAACCAUUAGUACUUUUAUUCCUGGAAGUGAAAUUAUGGAAUGGUUUAGCCAUUAAAGUAUGGGGAAUAUAGUAAAAGCACAAGUUACUCCUUGGAAACAAAAUGUGAUUAUACAAAUGCCUAAUCAUUCAUGUAAUAAGUGGAUAGGAAUGGUUGCUUUUGCUAUUUUUUCACCCCUCGAUCUUUAUCCAAAAAAUUACAGUUUCUUUGAAAACUCUCAUAUUAUUUGUUACAUUGAAGAUGGUGUAGGAGAGCUGGCAAAAUUUAGCAUUAAUUGUGUUUAGAUUUCAUCACAUCACCUUUGGCUACUUUAUUUUCGUCCUGAAUUUUUUGAUGAGAAUGUGAGAGCAGUAUUGAGUCAAAUUGAAUGAAUCCAUUCAGUUGGAAGUUAGAUUUGAAUUUUCUUGGGACUCAAAACUUGGAGUUUGAGAAAUGUGGGUUUCAAAUGGUAUACAAGCAAGACAUGGAAGAUAUCAGAGGACUGGCUCAUUCCAGCAACAGCAGUUGCAUCACUUCUUAUGAGGUCGCAGAUGCUCAACAUGAUUUGGACAAUUCAAUGUUGGUAACAGAAGGUACUAAAAUUAUGCGAAGCCAUGACGAAUGCGAUGAGGCUGGACCUAGUGGUGAAAGUAGCUCUAAUGACAUACCACAUUUGAAGAGGAAUCAAACAUAUAUAAAGGAUGAAUUGGUCAUCGUAACUCUGAUUGCAUGGUUGAUUCCAUUGAAGGUGGUCCAGGAUUGGAUAGAAGACACAGAUGAUCCAGAAACAAACUUAUUGGUCAACAGAAUACAUUUUGGCAAAAUGUUUGCCCCUUGCAGAAAACUCACAAAGCAAAGCAUCCUUAUCUUGUCAUUCUCUACACAUUUCAACUUGCUCCAUCAACGAUAACAAAGCAAACCUCUCUCUCUCCCUCCCUUUCUGUUCUCUUAUGUUCAAUUUUCUUUGUCUAUUAUGAACUAAUCUUUUCUUUGUUGAGUAUGUUGGCCUCAGUCACUCAACAUCUGCACACUCCAGUGGUUUGACACUCUUUGCUCUCUCUCUGUUUGUGAGUUGUGACUCAAGCAACUGCGAGCAGUGUCUCUGAAAGAUGAGCAUGCUUUUUUUUUGUGGUCUCAUUCCUAAUGCAUCUGUCGUUUUGUUUUUCUUUGGAUUUAUUUUGAUUGAAUGAUACUUCUGUGUUUGAUGUAAUACGAUGAAGACCUAUAUCAAAAAUAGACUACACCAUGGUUUUAAAGAAUAUUGUUGUUUUGUAAUACCAUUAGCUACCAUGA